AUGGAGUUCAUGGUUGUUAAUGCAAUAGGGAAGUUCGGUGGCUAUUGUGUAUCUGGAAUCCAGAGUCUUUCACUAUGUCACAGUGUUGCUGCAAUAAGAAUUUCAUCUUGCUUUCAGGAGUUUCAUGAGAAUGGCAUUUUGGCUAGAGGUCCCAAUUGCUCAUUUGUGAGUCUUAUUCCCAAGAAAGAAAACCCUGUGCCCCUAUUUGAUUUAAGACCUAUUAGCUUGACAAGCUCUAUAUAUAAAAUUCUUUCCAAAGUCCUUACAAAGAGGCUGAAGCUUGUCCUGCCUAACAUUGUGAGUGAAGCUCAAUCUGCAUUCCUUGGAGGUAGAAAUAUACUAGAUGAAGUGCUUAUUGCCAAUGAGAUUGAAUUUCUAUUCGAUUUGCUUGUAAAGUUUGGUUUUGGUUCCAAAUGGCUAGGAUGGAUGAAAUCUUGCCUAUCAACUGCAAGUAUUUCCAUUCUUGUUAAUGGUUCACCUACAGAUGAAAUUCAACCAGAAAGUGGUCUCAGACAGGGCGAUCCACUCUCUUCGUUUCUCUUCAACAUUGUAGCAGAGGGGUUGAAUCUGUUAUUAACAAGAGCAAAGGGUUUUGGUUUAAUUAGAGGGGCUGUUGUUGGACCUAGUGGGUUGGAAUUCACUCACCUACAAUUUGCGGAUGAUAUUAUCCUAUUAUGUGAGGUGGAUUUGCUUGAAAUCACAACUCUAAAGAGAAUUCUUAGAUGUUUUGAAAUUAGGUUAAGUCUGAAAAUAAAUUUCCAUAAGAGUGUAGUUUGUGGAAUUGGCGUCUCUGAGACUUUGGUCAAUGAUUUCUCAUUGAAACUAAACUACCUCACUCAGAAGCUGCCAUUAAAGUAUCUUGGACUUCUAGUUGGUGCUAAUCCUAGAUGGAAAACAACUUGGAAACCUGUUCUGGAUAAAUUUAAAGGUAAACUUUCUGGAUGGAAAAAGAGAAUAUUAUCAUUCGCUGGAAGACUCACCCUCAUCAAGUCAGUUUUAUCAAGCCUCUCAAUCUUCUAUCUUUCUCUAUUCAAAAUGCCAAAGUGUGUAAUCAAAAAGGUGGAUAAAAUUCAAGCUUCCUUUCUGUGGAGAGACUCAGAUGUCAAAAGAAAGGCUCAUCUGGGCAUUAUGGGUUUAGCUUCAGGUAACCCUGCUUUAUUAAAUUAUUUCUUAGCUAACUCAGAAUUGGUUGUUGGUAAUGGGGCUAGUAUUUCUUUCUGGAAGAAUACUUGGCUAGGUGGUGAAUGUCUUCAAUCUCAUUUUCCUAGAUUAUUUAGUCUUUCUUCUGAUAAAGAUGGCUCUCUUAAAGACUUUUUGGAUAGGAAAAUUAACUAUUUCAACUGGAACUUAACCUCUAGGAGGCCCUUGUUGGCAUGGGAAGUGGAGGAAGUCCAAAACCUACAAAUCUUAUUAGGUAAUGGGCCACUGUUACGGUCUGGGGUAGAGGAUAGCAUGAGGUGGAAAGGUUCUAGUCCAGGUGUCUUCAAAUCUAGUGAGUUAUUCUAUUGGCUGCAGUCCAACAGAGGUUAUAGCGAUCCCGGUUCUGUGGUGGACUUAUUUGUUUGGUGGUCUGGCACUAAAAUUAGGAAGAAAGAACUUCAACUAUGGAAUGCCAUCCCAUUUGAUGCUACGUGGUCAAUUUGGAAGCUUAGGAAUGAUUGUGUGUUUAAUAGUGCUCAUCCUAACUUCAUGGAGCUCUGUGAGCUCAUCAAGAUUAGAGUUGCAAUCUGGUUGAAAUGCCAUUCAAUUGGGAAUUCCUACUCUAUCCAUGACUUUGUAUCCAAUUUGAACCAGAUCAGAAGAGGAGAUUCAUGGAGGAUUAAUGUUUGUGAAGAUCAGAGGAGAUUCAUUGAGGAUUGCUGUUUGUCUUCUGCUAUUGGUUUUCAGGUGAUGGGUCAUUUUUCUGCUCUUUUGUUUGUUGUCCAAGUGUAUCGGUAG